UCACAGUGGUCAGGAGCCAGCCGAGUUUAGGGGCAAUGGUGAGGAGUUUCGGUGAGGGGCUAUGGUCACGAGCAAUGGUCAGGAGCAGAUCAAGAAAACAACAACUCCUCUGUCUCUGCCCGCUUCGAACCACACCCUAAGCGUGGGACUCCGGGUUCUCGAACCACAGCCGCUCCCAGCGUUCUCGGAUAACGAAACUGCAAGUGUCCCGGAGUGAAUUUAAACGAGUUGGAAUUUCGGCGUAGAAAAAUACUAUCAACGAAUUUGUGGAAACUUUCGGGGGUGGGAACUACGGAAAUUUUGUGUUGACGAGGAGUGCAUUGAAUACUUUUAAGGUGACAUGCGAACAUUCGACCUGAGAAAUGCUGAACUGAAGUCAUCAAUUGGAAGAUAGCUCUCCAUAAAAUGUUGUCUGGAUGUUCACACAGCCAAGACCGAGCAUACCCUGCUGUCCAGCAUCAGUGUAACAAUGUUACACCAGCACCAGUGGUUCACCCAGCAAAUGGAAUACAAGUCAACAUGGUAGCCCCUCAAGAUCCUGAGGAGCUCAGAGUCGGAUCAUAUGUGAACAAUAAUGCUACACUGCAGCAAAAAGAUUUAAGUUGUGCCUAUUCAGUUGGUACCAGUUCCCUAGCACCUCAGAGAAAGACUGUUGGAGUCUCAGCACAGACAUUUCCUCUACGGGUUCAAGGGUGUUCUGGGCCUCUUAAGCAAACAUCUAGCCCACUGCAAUGUGCCUUGCUGAAAAGAAAUUGUCGGCAAGGGAGAAGUUCACUGGAUGCUCUCAGCUGUGAACAUAUUGUAACACAAAACCUUGUACAUUCAAGAACUCCCCGGUACCAGCAGGACUUAACUCGUCCAUCUCCAGUCCAUGAAAUAAAACCACUUACAGAUGUCGAAAUACAUGACUAUAUUGCUAAAGAGGUUAAACACUACAGAAGAACCCAAAGCACUGGAAACCUCCCUACAUCCUCUGACAAAGUGACACAACAAUAUGUAGAGGUGCAACAUGUCAGCAGUGCUGAGCUUGGCAUUGCUGCACUUGGAAAAGCACAUCCAGUGGACAGUUCAAAGGGCAGCAAAGUAAAUGCUGAGUUUACUCAGACAAGUGAUUGUCCUACAGUUCCAUCAGAGAGACAUUCAACAGAAUAUCUACAACUUAUGAGGACAGUUGCUGUCACCGGCACAGAGAAUGAGGACAAGAGUCCAGUAGUUCUCAUAUCAAGGCCUGGAAGGACUUUGGGUGAACUGACUGAGAAGGAACACUGCAACAAGCCAAAAGAAGAAAGCACAUCUAUGGAGUUAAAUAUCAACUGGAAUUUGAAGGAUUUGCCCAAGGUGACUGGUGGUUCCUGGUCUCCCAAACGCAUGAUGGUGAAAGAGGAAGAAGAUGCAAGGCUAAACCCAGAUGACAAUGUUGGUUGGACAGUAGACUUUGACAGUUUGCACGGUGUGACUGAUGCCUCUGUAGAUCCGCAAAGUUCAGUUAUAACUGGAAACCAAUUACUUGUACUCUAUGAAAAUCAAGACACAUUUCCCAAUAGAAGGAAAACCUCUGAAGAUCAACAUUUUCAUAUAACGGAUCAGGAAGCAAUUGCACAUCCCUUAAUUACUUCAUCAGUUCAUAAAAUUCAGAUUCAUAGCGUAAUGUCAAUUUCUCCAAACCAAAGUGAACUUCUUUGGAACCAAGCAAGCCAUCAAUGUGUGAUGGAGGAUGCACUUCCUGUGCAUUUACAAACAGAUUUGUCUCUAGAAGUUACUGAAAAAAUUGCCAAUGUCCAAAAACUGCCCCUGCUCCCUAAAAGCAAGAGUCUGGCACAUGCUCUGAAACUUUUGAAAGAUCAAAAAUAUGAAGACAUUUCCGAUUAUGAAGACGUGUCACAGGUAAUGACAAAACUUCCAAACACAGGGCAUGAGAAAUGUAGCUUCCUGCCAUGUGCUGAAAAUACUCAGUAUGAAGAUGUAAAUGAAGAAGAAAAUCCGGAGAAGAAGAGAUUAGCUCAAGAGAUAUUUUUUCCAGAAAACAAAGAGCAGUCAUUAUCUGAAAAUGAAGGCCAUGGACACGUGCAGGCUCAGGUAAAGACUGAAAGCAUUUCAGAAGAGAAGCUGAUUUCACUAGAUACAGCAAAACUCUGUACUUGUCCAUGUCUUGUUGAAACUGAUGAUGGUUUUGAAAAUGUAUGUCCUAAAUGUGACAGUGAGACACAACUGGGAGUGCAAACAAACCACUUGGUUUCAUGCAGUCCUUCCUAUGAGGAUUUUGAAGAUGGUAAUGAGAGUGACGAUCAAAUGGAUGACUUCAUAGUCUUGCCUAUAAGCAUCACAGACAUUAUAUUUGAAUCAGAAAAUGAAAUCCAGGACAUCCCAGAGAUCAUUGUGCAAGACGACAGUAAAAGUGGAGACAAAGAUGGGCACCUUGACAUGAUUCCAACAGACUGUCCAGUUCCCACACCAGUUACGGCUUCUGCUUCCUACAAUAUGGAGGUAUUUGACACAGUUGAGAGCUUUCUACAAGCUAAAGCUGCACAAUUUGGGAAUAGUUUUGAGAUGGCAUCAGGAAGAAGCACACCUGAACAUAAAAUGGGCCUUGAGGGAGACACGCAUACACCUAACAGGAGCAGGUUCCUCUCUGAGCCUGGUGACAGUGAAACAGAAGACAGCUGUGAUUACUCGGCACCUCUGCCUCCAGAAACAGACGAUUAUGCAUCUGAACAUAAUGAGGCUACAAAUGUGCAAAAAGGUCAAAGCAGGCGCCUAGACAAUGGGAGCUUUAUGGAAAAACCUAACAAGUUGAUUGAAGCCAAAGCCAGCUCAAGGAAUGUCCAAAACAAGACCAUCAGACAAAGGUACUCAAAAAAACAAGACAUAAUAAUUGUUGAUUCUGACACAGAGGAUGAAAGUGACCAAAAUUUCAGAAGGAAAGCUAAACGUAAGAGAUCCCCCUCUUCAGGCUCAAUGGACUAUGGAGAUGCCCCAUGGGGUCAGCAAAUAGGACAUCCACCUGAAACUUUGGACAGUCUGUAUCAAACCUUGAAAGAAACUGAAGACUUGCCAGUCCCGAAUCGUACUGAGCUAUCGCAUAGUACAGCAGCAAGUGGGAAGCACCUUGAAAAUAAAGCUGGUCAUAAGCAUGUUCAACAGGAUACCACCCGGAAAAAUAUCAAGAGUGUUAUUAUCCUUGACUCUGACACGGAGGAUGAAUGUGACCAAAACAACGAAAAGGAGAACAACAGGAGAUCAAUCUCUCCAGCGUUUAUGAAAAGUGCCAUUUUGUCGUGUAUUACACAAAAGAGACAUUCACCUGAAAUUGUGGACAGUGAGUAUGGACCUACUAAAGAAAAGCUCCAAGAAAUGAGAUCAUCUGCUGAACGUCCUGACCUGUCUCUCUGUGAAAAAAAUGCUGGACAGUUGAUUGAAGCUAAAGUUGGCUCUGAGUAUGUUCAACACAAGAGUAACAAACAAACAACCUCAAGAAUUAAAGUUUUCCUUGAGUCUGACAAUCAGAUUAGCAAAAAAAAGGCAACAGAGAGAACGCCCCCAUCAUUUCCAAAAGAGAGUGGUGUUAUAUCUCCUCAAACAAACAGACAGUCAACAGAAAUUGUAAACCGCCUCUGUGGAACUGCCAAGACAAGGCCUCGAAAAACCAUACUAUUAUCUGAACAGUUACCAGAGCGUCUUCGGCCUUUGGAUAAGAAGGCAGAUUCCACCACAGGUACUUGUCCUGUGACUCCUCGCCAUUUGGUCAAAAAUAACCUGAAACUUUCAAAAGAACUUGUCAACAGGCAGGGUAAAGAUGAAACCCCUGCUCCAAAGACCCCUACAGCAACCGGUAAAAAGAAAAACUCAUUUGAAAAGAAGACUUUGAGUAAGGCUCAAGCCAGCAUAAUAAAACCCAGACCGAGGAGACAAGCAAGGCCAGGAUCGAGUCACCCUGACAGGGUACCGAAACAGAGGCGCAACUCCCACGAUUCUGCAACUCCCCUGAUGAAGAGGGCCAUGUCUGAAGCUAAACAUUUGACCAAGGCCAGAAAUCGAGACAUUGAAAGAGAAAAAAGAUCCAACGUUGGUGUUGGUUACAAAUGGUUGGAGAGCAGGAAAAAAGUCUAAAAAAGACAGGUUCCGCCAGUGAGAGGAAGAGGUUAAGAUCUCAAAGAGCCUAUGAGAGCGUUCCACUGUCCACCCAAAGGUUGUUUGGACAGGCUGUUAAUAACUGUUGCUGUAUAUGAUACUGUAUGUAAAUUCUGUAUUUUAAUGGUGUGAAUGCAUGUUUUCACAAACGGUGUCAUACGUUAGUAUUUAAAAUAUCAGCUAUUUGUGGUAGUGUUGUUUUUCCAGCUACCUCACAAUGAAGUUUCUCCAUUUACUUCAGUGUUUAUUCUCUGAUUAAAGCUCUGACACAUUUUUUCCCAGUAUAAAUGUAUAAAGAGAAGGAUACAUAUGUAUAUGAUCCUAUUCUUUUCCCGCUUUUUAACUUGAAAUUGUUUUUGUACUCAGCCGUGGUUACAUUCCGUAGGCAAUGGUGUUAUCUUUAAAAAUGUUGAUGUCAUAAAAGUCUUGCAAUGGCUCAA